UUAAUGUAAAAACACUAAAACAGAAAAAGAAAAGUUUGUCGAAAAAGCUGGUUGGUACAUGAAUGUACUAGAUGUAUAGCCUCUCGUCCUAAGAAGUAGAAAUCGUUCUACAGUACAAUAGGUAGUUAUUCAACAGCCUACGUGUAACUGCCUGGAAUAAAUCGCGGUUGGUACUGAGCGCGUGUCUAGAACUGACUUUCCAGGUCGAGCGGGAGUCCCAGAUUUUUCGAUUGAGUGAAGACUUGAGAAAAAGAUGAGGAGAUAUGAAAACCAACAGGCUAGACCUACAGCAGGUUGCCUCUCUGUGCCUCUGUUUAACCAGAAGAAAAGGAGCAGGCUGCCUUUGACAUCGAAUCCAUCAGAGAAUGAAUGCUGCAAAGAAAACAUGUUAACACAAAGCUCUAAAUCAUCAGAAAACCCAACAGCUUACACAGGAUAUUUCCAAGACCAAGCCUCAAGGUGUCCUGCACCUGCUGGUCAAACUCGGUGGCUCAGACAAGGGAACCAACAGCAGUCUCAAACACAGUCUGAAUAUCCUAACAGCCAACGAGGACCUUUGGGGAGAAGCUUUGGACACCCAUACAAAGUUGAGAAUACAGGUCUGCAGUUGGGAAAGCAGCAGCCAACAGUGAUGAGGGACUACGGAGCCCUGACAGACUCCAGACAGAGCAUGUUCAACAGCCCUCGAGGCAGCGGGAGCACACAUGGCAACCUGGUACCCUCAAGUUAUCACUCUGAGAUGGGUCAGCAGCAGCAGGCAGGCUACAGACCAGUACAGGCAAAUCCACCUGAGCUCAUUUACUCCCAGCAGUCUAGACCAACUCCUGGCCCCCCAAGCAGACCAACUCCUAGUACUACAUGCAAGCCAAAUCCUGGUCCUGGACUACAGAAGCAGAAGCAGGAUGUGUCGUGGAAGUUUAAAAGUACCACCAAUACUGGGCCACAGAAACCACUGAUUAAGGACAAUGGAGACACAUAUCAAACACAAAGUACCUCUAAGUUUCAGGUCAAACCAACAGCUGAGAACUCCCUGAGGAUCCUGACUGCUGUCAUUGAUGGCAUGAGACAUUGGAGUCGGCUCAAGGACAGGGCCCUGUACUUGUUUGAGAUUUUUGCUACUCUGGACUCCGCAGUCACGGCUGGGUCUCAUGGAGCUAAGAACUUCCUCAUGAGAGAUGGGAAAGAGGUGGUGCAGUGUGUCUUCUAUGAAAAUGAGUUGGAGCUGCCAAGGCUGAUCCGAGGCCAGGUGCACCGCUGUGUGGGGAACUUUGACCGCACAAGGGACACACUCAUCUGUGUGUCAGUCAGAGCCGCUCUGCCCUCAGAGCAGAGGAUGGUAUAUGAGUCUGUCAAAGCUUCAGACAUUGAGAUGAGGAUUGUGGUGAAAUCACUUAGUGAAGUCUGAUUAGACGCAUGGAAAAGAUUAGAGUCAACAGUUAAAGGGUGUUUAAAUAGUUUUGCUUAUUGCUCCUGGUAAGAAUUAAUAUGUUUUGAGUUUGCUGAUUUAUUAGACAUUAUUAACACAGUUGUCUGUACAGAAUCCUACUGUAGGUAGAUCUUGGACAACAUUUUCAGAUCUAAGUAGCACAUGUUUUCCUGUUAAUUUUCAAUGAAUGCCGUGACCUGGGUAUUCUGAAAGGGGUGACAUUCAGUUGUUGACCAGCAACAAAGUAAGAUUGUGUUCAUGAAUUUCAUAUAUGGAACUGCAUCUGUAAAUGAGCAGCUAUUUUGUUAUCUUCCUGUUUUACAUACCAUACACAUUUCAAUUUUUUUUGGACACAAA